AGUGUAUCCGACCGGUAAAUCUUUAUAAAUACUUGGCAAGAAAACUGUUUUCUUCUACUUCAAGAAGCCGAUCUCCUUUCAUCUCUUUUUUUGCUUUUCCUAAAAUCUAAUUUCCUCUGCAUAACCAUCAAAACCAUUUAAAGAUCGUUUUUGUAACGAACUGAUGAAUAAUAUGAGCAAAAACACAUCAGAGCCUUGUCAGGUAUGUGGAGAUAUCGGCUUCGUGGAUUUAAUAAUGACUUGUUUCUAUUGCAGAGAAGUCAGAGAGCAUACCUAUUGCGCAAAGGUCUAUUUAAUGUCACCCCCAGACAUGUGGCUAUGUGAAGUGUGCAGAUCCUCAGGUCGCGUGUUACAUGUCUCGAGUCUUGUUGACAUAGAUACGAAGGAUUUAACAACCGAUCAUGGUGCUUCAGGCUCAAAGAUCUCUGGCGAAUCCUCUGAGAAAGGAAGUUCAUCAUAUACAUCUCCAAGCACGACAAACAAACCACCGUUUCUGGCGUUUCCUUCUCCAAAGAGAAAACGCAGGACGCCUCGAGUUCCAGUUGAUCCUGAGGAAGCUGACGAUCAAGGACCAGGUGUUACACCGUUACCUUCGUCUAAGUGAGUGCACCUGCGAUUAGGGUUAUCAGAGUUCUAGUUUCCUUGGGAUUCAAGUUACUUACCGGCUAUGUGAGGUUGGACUUCAACUUCAUUGUCAUGUGACGUCCUCUCAUUGACAUUAUUUCUUUGUUACUCUGCGGUCCUGCUUAUGACCUCUUUUGAGUUUGUUUUUAUUUAAUUUUAAUCAUAAUAAAAGUUUUAAUACUCUAA